AUGUUUAACUACCGCCUAAGCAGAGCUCGCAGAUAUGUAGAAUGCACCUUUGGCAUCUUGUCUAAUAAAUGGAGAAUAUUCCACAGACCAAUUAACGUCAAACCUGAGUUUGCAGUCGCGAUUGUCAAAGCUUGCGUUGUACUACACAACUUUGUUCGUGAUCGAGAUGGUUACCAGGUGGAGGACACAGACUUUAUUACAGGACUAGAGGAUGCCCCAAGACAAACCCAGUCACGCGGAGGACUUACACCAAACAAUAUACGAAACAUAUUGAGUGACUAUUUUGUAUCAAAUAUAGGGGCGGUCCCUUGGCAAAUGUCAAAAAUAUAA